AAUUGUUUUUGUUGUUUUCCUGGAGACGCGUGUGUGUGUUUUGCCCGUGUGAUAAUUUAUUUAUUUUCCCGUUCCGUUUGUUUAUGCACUAUAAUUUAAAUUCGGUUUUAGCACAGAAGCAGGACCAGCAACGGCUGCACCAUGGAGCCCCCAGCUGCUGGCAAUCUGCUGGAGAUCAUGGACCUGGCCCGCACCCUUCGCCAGGAGCAGCUCUUCAUCCAGCAGGAACAGGCGGCCUUUGCCCACCUCACAGGGGCGUUGGAAACCAAUGCAGGGACCAUAACCAAGUUGGCCUUUGUGUGUGCCCAGCAGCGACAGAUCCUCAAUGAGCUGCUUCUAGCGCGUACGGAUCACGAUCCCUUGCUCUCCUGCCGCAGAGCGAGUGCCUACGACAGUGCCCAGUUCGUGGACGCCAAGCAGUUGCUGCCCUACGAGCACGCGUUGGCCUACGAGGACCUGUUCAACUACCUGUACAAUACACCCUAUUUGUUGGCCCUUUCCCUGGCCACCGCAGAUCGCUUGUCCCUGCUUUCGCCCAGCCAACUUGGCCAAAUUAUCAACACCAUUGCCGCGGGUCUUUAUGGCAAUGCCAUCAACACCAAGGACGUGGAGCUGCUGCUCAAGUUGCUGCGGGAACUAAUUGAAAUCCAAUUGCUGACCAGCGAACAGCCCAGGCGUUUGUUGCGGACCAACAGCAGCUCCUUUGCUCGGCUGUAUCAGCGCCUGGUGGAGAGCUUGUUCUCGGCGAGAAUAUUCCUAACCGCCGCCCUGCACGCCCCCCUGAUGGGCGUGCUAAGUGAGCACGAGGUCUGGCUGGACCUCGAUCCGCACAAGCUGAUGCAGACCUUUACGCCAAAGGAGAGGGAGAAACGCUUUGGCCGCGAAGGCGAUGACGAGUACCAGCGGAACGUUUCCAGGUUCCAUGCGGAAACGCUGGGCAAACUGCACUCACAUGUCCAGCACUUUGUGAAGAGUCUGCAGCAGAGCUGGGCCCUCUUUCCAAGCUCUCUGAGAUGGCUGCUCCAGACGCUGAGCCAGCAGCUCCGCCAGUCGCUGCGGCACGAGGAGCAGGAGAUCCGGCAGCUGCUCACCGAUCUAGUAUUCACACACUUUAUUUCGCCAGCGAUUGCGAGUGCCGAUCUGCUGGGAAUCAUCGACGUCAAUGUGAGCGAACGCAUGCGGCACAACCUCAACCAGAUCGUGAGACUGCUCCAGCGGCUGGCGCUGAACGACGAGGACAGCGAGCUGGUGCAGCUCAUGGAGCUGCUGAUGCUGGGUCAGACUGGCGAGGACGUGGUGGCCAUUCUGCCGCAACAGAGCGACUUCGAGCGCUCCCAGCUGGCGAUCAACCAAAGGGAACUGGCGCAGCUGGUGGAGUUCUUUCGCCUGCUGACCGCUCGCGAGGAGUACGACAUAUCCGCCGAGGAGCGUCAGCGAUUGCAGCGGAUUCUCAGCAGGAUACCCAAGCAGCAACAGCAGCAGCAGCAGCACGUUCCACCGGAUGUCCCAGAUGUUUCCCGAGAGAGUCCCGAGAAGAGCAAAAAGAGCAACAAGAGUCUGAUGAGUCUGGGCAAAGCCACCAAAAAGAAGCUGGCCAAGGGCAUGAGCUUCAGCAGCGGCAGCGCCAGCAACCACCACAAUCCUCCGCCGCCAGUGGAGCCCCUCCUCACCAAUGGCCAGGCGAACACCUCGAACGGCAGCGGCGGCGGCGGCGGUGAACUCGAACAAAGCUCCUCGCACAGCGGCAGCAACACCAGCCUGAGUUCCUGCGGAGCCAACAUACCGGUCAUACCGAUCAUACCGAUCGUCAACGAUCCCCUGGACCUGUCCUCCUGCUCCGAGCCCGUGUUGGUGUUCAGCAUCUACAACGCGGCAGCCAAGAACAAGCUGAAGCCCCUGACGGAGGAGGAGGUGCUCAAGAUGAACUGCAUCGGUCAGGACGGCAGCAAUCUCCUGCCAGCGGUGGUCACCACGGCUCCCUUGGCGCCGUCCUCGAACAACGACGAUGUGAGCAGUCUGGAGGCGAUGCGGAGGCCGCAGGACGAUGCCUCGAUCGGGAACUCGGACAACCUGGAGGCCAUUAGCGAGGCAGCGCACUCGGUGGCCAGUUCGCUGGACCUGGAGGAGCAGCAGGAGCGCGAUGUCCACGAGAACGAGGACAACCUGUCCGACAUGGUAUCGGCAAACGUUUCGGGCCGUGGAACGCCCAAUAUCAGUGGCCGGGACACACCCUCCUCGCAGGUGACCGACGGCGAUGGCGCUGGCGGGGACCUGGCCCACCACCACGGUGUCCAUGCCCGGGCGGCCGCCAAUCCCCAGAUGCAGAAGAUGCUGCUCUCCAAGGCCAGGUCGGACAUCGAGGACAAGUUCUGCAAGUUCGAGCUGAAGAAGUUCGAGGGGGACGAGAACGUGAGCAUCAUUUCGGACACCUGGUCCACGGAUGUGCUGGCCUCGGACUCGGAGAACACCCUGGACGCCACCGUGAGCGAGCGCGGCGACAGGGACAGGAACUUCUCCACGCCGCUGAUACCCUCCGCCGUGGUCCUGCCAGGCGACAAUAACUUCGUGGUGGAGGCACUGGCUCGGGCUGGUCGCGUGCCGGGCGUGCACGGUCCCCAGCUGGAUGCCUCGGACCAGCGGUCGGAGAGCAACUGGAGCACCGACGUCCUGGCCAGCGACUCGGAGAAGCUGGCCGAAAUCGACACGGACGACAAUGUCUCCAUCACGGCCAAAUCUGAUACGGCGGCACCGCAGGCGGCGGUUCUGGGCGACGACGACGACGACGAGGACGAGCAGACCCCAGGCAGCAGUGGCGACGGGGAACCGGAUCCGGAUCGGGAUCGGGGCAACGGCAGCGAACGCAGCCAGGAGGACUCGGCCUUCUUCGAUGCGGUGAACUCGUACGAGGACGCCAAUCUCUACCAGGGCGCCUCGUCGCUGGCCAGGAGCUCGGUGCGGACCAGCUACCAUGUGCUGGGCGGCGAGAGCAGCUUCCAGCAGCAGUACAAGUGCAGCGGAGCGGACUCCAGUGGGCGGAAGACCACGCCGCUCAUGGGCACCUCCUGCAUGCGCCGGCAAACUUCGGCGGAGAGCAGCAUCAGCAACCAGAGCCUGAACCUCGAGGAGCCGCCGGCGCCGAUGGGCAAGCACCACCACCACCACCGGGAGCACCACCAUCGCGACCAUCAUCACCACCACCGCGAGCGGGAGCGGGAGCGAUCUGCUCUGAAGAAGAAGAAGCACCAGCAGCACGAGAAGGAGCACCGCGACCUCAUCGACUUCAGCGACUGCAGCGAGGACAAGGAGGAGCUGGCGAGGAGCAAGGAGCUGGAUCAGCCGCCCGGCUUGGUUCAGCAGGUGCUGGACAUGAUUAGCCAGGACGAACAGGUCGGCGGAGGAGGAGCUGGAGCUGGUAGCUCAACGCCGAAUGUGGAGCACCGGCGCAUUUCCAUCGAGCAACGCUCGGCCAUCAUAGACGGGCGGCGGAACGGCAUCCUGGCGGGCAGCAUGCGGCGCCACCAGAGCCUCAACUACGAGAACCACGAGAUCAUGCUAAACUCCAUGCUGCCCAAAACGGAUGACGACAAGCAGGAGAUGCUGCUGUGCGUGCAGACCCAACAGCUGCAGCUGGAGGAGCGACGGGGAUCCGGCAACUUGAGGCCGGAAACAGAGGCCUCCGGCGGCGCAGGAGGAUCGGGCCUGAAGCCGCCCGCCAAGGCCACCGGCGCCAUACCAAAGAGCAUCAGCUUCGAUGCCAGUGCGGACAAGGAGAAGCAGCCCUACCACCGCGACAGGGACAGGGAUCGCGAGCGAGAUCGGGAGCGGGAUCGGGAUCGGGAACGCGAUCGGGAAAGAGAUCGCGAGCGGGAUCGGGAUCGGGAGCGAGAUCGGGAGCGGGAACGCGAGCGUGACCACCACGGCGCUGGAAUUUUCAACAAGCUGAAGCAGGGCAUCUUCAAGAACCGGCGAGGGACGAGUGCCAAGAACCAGAGCAGCGCCAAUUCGCCCAUGGUGGUCAGCUCCAACCCGCAGACGGACAAUCGCAGCGUUAGCUUUGAUCCGAGCGCCGGAUGCGACAACUUCGGCACCCACUACUGUGAUACGAGCGAGGACAUCCUGGCCAAGUACCGUCGCAAGGUGAGCAGCUCCAGCGAGGCCACCAACUCGGAUUCCACGGGCAACGGCGGCGGAGGCGGAGGAGGAGGCGUGUUGACGGGCUCCGACGGAGCGGCUGUCCACCUCCACAAGCAUAUGAAUGGAGGGCAAAUCCCUGGCGUGGCCUUCGCCAGCGUGAAGCAGAAGCUCCGGACGGUGCUCUCCCGAACGGAUUUGCACAGCGGCGACUUCCGGCAGACCUCGACCACGAGCCCAACGAUGGCGACGCCGCUGCAGAUCUACCUGCAGAUCCAGCUGGCGCAGUGCAUCAGCCUGCAGCGCCUGCCGCAGAUCUCGCACGUGGCGGAGGCGCUGCGCUGCCUGGCGCAGCUGGAGCGACCGCAGCACGGCCAGCUGCUGGCGGAGCUGCAGCGGGACCUGGAGCGGCGGCAGAGCUACCUGCAGUACCUGAUGCGCCACCGGCAGCAGCUGCUGCUCCGAUCGGAGCAGCUGGAGCACCUGGAGGCGCGGCUGCGCGGCGAGGCGCGCAGCAGUCAGCGGUGCUUGCUGCAGGCGCUGGUCAGGAUGUACUUGGCGUGGGCGCGCCAGCAGGAGAAGCUGGAGCAGUUCCAGGCCGAGUUCGGCCAGCUGAGCGCCAGCGACGAGCGCGUGGAGCUCACCGAGGAGUUCGUGGAGUCGCUGCUGCAGGAGCUGCGCUCCAGCGCCGACCUGCAGGACGAGUGGCAGGUGAGCGCCGCGCGCGUGGCCAUCGAGCGCAUGCUGCUGGAGCAGAUGUACGAGCAGGUGAUGUUCCCCAACGAGGACGCGGACGUGUCGCGCGACGAGGUGCUCUCCGCGCACAUCGGCAAGCUGCAGCGGUUCGUGCAUCCAGCGCAUCCGGCGCUGCGCAUCGCCCAGGAAUACUUGGGCGAGGCUCCCUGGACGUUUGCCCAACAGCAGCUGUGCUACAUGGCCGCCUACAAGACGCCGCGCGAGAAGCUGCAGUGCAUCAUCAACUGCAUCUCGAGCAUCAUGAGCCUGCUGCGAAUGUCCAGUGGUCGCGUGCCCGCGGCGGAUGAUCUGCUGCCCGUUCUCAUAUACGUAGUGAUAAUGGCCAACCCCCCCUAUCUGCUGUCCACCGUGGAGUACAUCAGCUGCUUCCUGGGCAAGAAGCUCGAGGGCGAGGACGAGUUUUACUGGACGCUCUUCGGCUCCGUGGUGAAGUUCAUCAAGACCAUGGACUACCUGGACUAGCGUUACUCGUCCGGGGUUGGUGGGGUUAGGUGGCCGCCGUCUUUGUAGAGUUCUUUAGCGCUUUGUUGUGUUGUAGGCACACCUACCUAUCCCACUCCUCCAUUCGAGAUUUUCUAUAUUUAUAUGUGUAUCUCUGUCGGAUGUUUGUGUAAAAAUUCGUUGAACCCUAGGCUAAGUUAAGAACUGCGGCAGACGAGACAUAAUCCAAUCCAACCCAACCCGUGUGCACUCACGGAGUCACGGCGAUCCGGAGAAGGAGGAAUCGACGGCGAAGGGGAAUGCCAAUGCUGAAGAGGGGAUCUAGUUUUAGGUUAACAUUGAACGCUAGGAGGCCUCGCCUUAUGGAUAUCCAUGAUAUAUAGUGAACUAGAGAACAUAUUCUUCUAUUUAUAUAUACACGUACAUAGAUAAUGCAUGUUUAUCGGAUCGGUCUAGCCACUGUCAUAAGUAUGUUUCGGAAACGAACUGCAACUUAAUAUUCCUUAUUGUGUAACACAAAAUAAAAAACCAAUUUCGAAUUGCUCCACUGAUUA